AUGAGCCAAAAUGAUGGAUUAACGAGGGAGUUCCAAAAAGGAGAAAUCAAAGAUGGAUCUUCGUUCUUAUCCCUCCAGCGUCGCAUUGGAGACGAAGGUGAAGCUCAAAAUGACAUCGUUUUGAGUGUCUUCAGGUGUUCGGUUGGCGUUCUGUCCAGCAUCGUUGCAUUUGGGCGGACCGUUAGUGUCCUAGCUAACGUGGCGUUAGGCGUUCUGCUGUGGCCCGGGCGCCUUCUCGUUACGCAAAGGCCUUCUCGUUACGCAAAGGCCUUCUCAUUACGCGAAGGGCCCUCCCUUAAGUUUAAGAAAUUGGGUUGGUGUCUCCAGUCUACUUUAACUGGUGAGUGUCUUCCUGUUACAAAAUCGGCUAGAGAUGGGAUUUACUCUGGUUCUACCUGCAAGCAAGGAGAAAUCGAAGCUUUUGUGAUUGCCACGGGUGUGCAUACCUUCUUUAGUAAAGCUGCUCAUCUAGUAGACAGUACAAAUCAAGUUGACCAUUUUCAAAAGGUAUUCUUGACUGCCAUAAAGAAUUUCUACAUAUGUUCUAUAGCAGUAAGGAUGUUGAUUGAGACUAUUGUGAUGUACCUUAUUCAGCGUCGAUCCUAUCGUACUGGAAUUGAUAAUCUGCUAGUACUGCUUAUAGGUGGAAUUCCCAUUGUAAUGCCCAUUGUCCUAUCUGUGACAAUGACAAUCGAUUCACAUUGUUUGUCAGCAGGGGAAAUCACAAAAAGAAUGACAACAAUAGAAGAGAUGGCAUGUAUGGAUGUUCUUUGUAGUGAUAAAACUGGAACUUUGACACUAAACAAGUUAACAGUGGACAGAAACCUUAUUGAGGUAAUUUAUUGUUGGACAUGA